UGUUUGCAAUGGAAACACAGAGAAACAAAGAGAUCUUCUUGGGUGGACUAACGAAACUCUUGAAAGAACAAUGGCAAGCAGAUGUAUUCCUCAAGGCAGGAAACAGUGCUGAGGGUGCAACUAUCUCUGCCCACAAACUUGUUCUGGCAUCAAGAUCAGUGGUGCUGAAGAAGAUUAUGGAAUCAGACGAGUUGAAGGCUUCAUCUAAGCUAGAGACAGUCACUUUCUCCGAGAUGAAACACGAGGAACUUGAGACUUUAGUUGAGUUUAUGUACAGUGUUAAUGGCUCCAUUUCUUCUGAAAGUCUCAAGAAACAUGUUAGGCCACUCUAUCUUGCAGCCGACAAGUAUGAGAUUCCGCAUCUCCGUGACAUAUGUAGAAACCAGCUUAUAUCAUCUCUUAACGCAUCCAACGCUCUUAACAUCCUUGAGCUUGCCCAGAUCCCUUUUGACAAAGCUCUUAACGAUGCGGCCUUCACUUCUAUUAUGAACAAUAUAAGCACCAUUACUAGCUCUGCUGAGUUCAAGUUGUUUGUCGUCAACCAUCCAGACCUUUCUGUGGAGAUCAUGAAGGCUUCUCUUACUCAGCCUCAUAAUAAUUGUGGUAGAUACCGCUACUAGAGGAAUUAGGACCAGUUGCAGGUUUUUGCUGUCUGGCCUCGCGGAGGUGAAGCAGCUAAACAAAUAAUAGUAUAUCAAGAUUUUAAC